AUUGAUUGACAUUGAGCCCAUGAGUCAUUGUUUGUUUGUAUUUUAUCGUGUCUGGAACACUUUGUAAUGAAAUAAAACAAUCUUACACGUUGUAAGAACUAUUUUAAAGAUUCGUUGGAUUAUAAAUUCAUCAUUUAUAAUUAACAGUAUCAAAUCACAAAUAUGGCUGACGAAAAUUCUUGGAGAACGCCAACUUUUCGUCAAAGCGUCAUCGCGAAAAUUGAAGAAGCCAUACGUCAAUCUGGAAUGAACACCUCCCGAAACAGCAUUGAAAUGGAAAAUCAUGUCUUUCAAAAAGCAAAAAAUAAGGAAGAAUAUCUGGGAUUUGUUGCCAGGUUAAUAUUACAUGUUAGAGAAAUGAAACCAAAACAGGGUGGAGGAAUGGCUGUCCCAGGCCAGGGCCAAGGAGGCCCAGGUAUGCCUGAUCCCAUUAAUGCUCUCCAGAAUUUGGCUAGCCAAGGUACUCGCAAUUCGAUGAUGAAUAUGGGCCCACAAAAUCCUCAAAUGGGAGGUCCUCAACAAGCACCAGCUACAAAUUUACUACAAACAUUAAAUAGAGGACCCCAACAAAUGAUGAUGGGAAAUUCUAUGCCUGGAAACAUGCCUGGAGCUAUGCCUAAUAUGCAGGACAGACAAAAUAUAAAUAUGGCUCCAAACGGUGCCCAGAUGAGCUCACAGCAGAUGGGAAAUCAAAUGGCCAACCAAAUAAGACUACAGCAAAUGCAAAACAAUAGCAUGAAUCAAAUGGGUAAUCAUCUGGGCGGACCAUUACAAAACACGGUUCAAAAUCAGAUGAGUAACCAAAUGCCUGCUCAGAUGCAAGGGCAAAUGCAAAUGGCCAGCAGUAUGGCCAAUCAAAUUCAAAAUCAAAUGAUGGGUGGUAUACCUCAAUUACCUCAACAAAAGCCUCAGGGCAUGAUCAUAAACCAAAUUAAUCCAAAUUUUCCACGUAAUCCAACUCCCAAUCAAAUGUUCAACCAAAGUCCUUCUCCGUCAGUCCAAUCUCCUGCGGGAUUAGGCAGCCAGCCUCCAGUGGCGUCACCGGCGCUGGCAUCGUCUCCCGGAGCUCAAAUGAAUAUGAUAGGCAGCACCGGUCCUCCCAGAUCUAUUGGCUUAGCUCCUAGUCCCGGAAGCUCUUUGAAUACUCCCGGACAACCGAGUCAGAGUCCGAUGGCUGGAGGCGCAAUGUCCGACGAACAGGCGUACAGAGAUAAAGUUAGACAGUUAAGCAAGUACAUUGAGCCGCUGAGGAAAAUGAUUGCUAAAAUGGGGAAUGAUGAUGUGGAAAAAUUGAGCAAAAUGAAGAAGCUACUGGAGAUCUUAUCGAAUCCACAACAGCGCAUGCCUCUGGAUACGUUGUUGAAAUGCGAAAUAGUUUUGGAAAAAAUCGAUUUUAGAAGAGGCGAUAGCAGCGUUCCAACUUCAACUGCUCAAUUGCCAUUCAAGGAGCCACAUGUCUUCCAUGCUCUUUUGGAUGCUGUGAACAGCAAUUUACAAAGUCCUGUUAUCAAUCACACAUUACAUCGCACUUUUGGACCAACGUUAGAUGCUCUCUUUGGACCGGAAAUUAAGUUAGUUCCACCAUUAAAAAAAGCUAAAAUUGAAGAACAAUCCAGCGACAUUCCGGACGUCCUUCAGGGUGAAAUCGCACGAUUGGAUCAGAAAUUCAAAGUUUCCUUAGAUCAAAAUCAACAGCCAGGUUCAAAAUCGAUUCUGCUGAUUUGUUGGUUGGACGACAAGCAUCUCCCUUGCGUGCCGCCCGUAUCAUUGACGGUUCCUGAAGAUUAUCCGAUAACGUCUCCGACUUGUCACAUGAACCCCCACGAAUACAACGCUACGCAAUUUUUGUCGGCAGUUCAAGCGGCUCUGUUGGCUAGAAUUAAGAAAUUACCGAAACAUUUUUCAGUAUCGCAACUUUUAGAUACAUGGGAAAUGAGCGUUAGACAGGCGGCUGCUCCUCAUCAGAUUCCCGUUAACACUACCACUAUAAUGAUGGGCUUGUGAAUCUUUUUUUAUUGAUAUUACCAAUUUUUUAAGCUAAUAUUUUAUAUUUGUAUUAAAUUAGGUUUAUAGGUGGUUUUAAGGUUUUUUUAUUGCAGUCUUUUUUAUAUCUGAUUUAUGAGUGAUAAUUGCAAAAUAUUAUCUCAUAUUAUAUAGAGUUUGUUUUAUGAUUAAAAAUAAAUAACAUGUAUAUGUAAUCAA